AGUCAAAAACGCUAGACUUCCCGCUAGCCGCUAGAUUGACAUUUUUUGGCGGUUUUCUAUGUUCAAAAUCGCUAGGAAUAGCUUGAAAACCGCUAAAUUGGGAACACUGGUAAUGGCGAGUUUCGCGGCGUUGCCACAUAACACCACGUACAUAAUACGUCUAUUACGUACGUGUUUGACCCGGCAUUAGGUCGCUCAUAAUGAUGUACAUUUUGCAUCUAGCGACAGAGGUGUAAUGAUGAGAUUACGAGUGUGUAUUACGUAAAUUAAAUUGCUUCGCAUCCUUUCAUUUUUGAAAAUUUUUCAUUUCACACAAUUUUGUACCCACUCGAUAAAGUUUGAUAAAAAAUUGAAAAAUUGAAAAACAUGAUGAAAAUUUCAACUUUAACGGAUCGGAACGCAUUUUUUUGAUUUUUUACCUGCAAAUUGUGAUCUCUCUCUCGGUAGUCGGUCUGUCGGUAUCGGUAUCGGUAUCGGUAUCGGUGUUCCUGAUAAAUUUCUGCGAAUCGAUUUUCUACUAUAUUUUUUUCAAGUGCGCCUCGCUUAGUGAUGGAACCAAUGACAAUCGGAACUCCAAAUACAUCGUUGAAUGCUUCCGGAUUAUUUGACGCGACGUCCGCUUCGAAUUCUCAAUUUCUUCCGUCUUUUUUAUUGGGAAGUGAACCGGGAAACGACUCGUUGUAUUCAUCUCCUAAACUCGCUUCUCCAACCAAGUCGCAGUACAACGCUUUGCAGUCUUCUUUCAAUUACAACAUUCCAAUCGACAGGAAUACGGUACAAAGUCCCGUUUCCACGGCAGAAAAACACGAUGGACCUCCGAUCAUAAGCUUAGCAGAUUACAGCAUAUCGCAUCCUCUGAAUAAUACUAACUUGACCAACGAAAUUUCCAUUAGCAAUACUUACAAUCGAGACUUUCAAGCUGUCGGCGAUUUUAAUGAAAAUUGGGUAACGAUAUUUGGUUUUACACCGUCUCAGAUCGACCUGGUCUUGUCGUAUUUCGUGCGUUACGGUCAAAUUGUCGACAAAAGAUAUUCGUCCAACGGAGGUAACUGGAUUCACGUUAAAUAUUCCAAUAGACGAGAAGCUCAAUCAGCUUUGUCACAAAAUGGCAAACAGAUAUCGUCCAAUUUAAUGAUCGGCGUCGUUUCGCGUAAAGAUAAACAUCAUUCGGAAAGUUUGACGAAUCGGUCUUUAUCCGUCCAUCCUCAAAGUGAGACUUGUUCACCGAGGCCAGCAUUCGGUCCGAUGUCACCGCCAUCAAAUAUUCGUCGUUUAACCGUAGCUAAUAAUGAAAAUGAGGUCGUAUCUUUAACCAAUGUUCCUACCAAAAGCUCGGGAGUUGUAUCGAAAACCAUGGAAUAUCUUUUUGGAUGGUAAUUCCGGCAAAAAAAUCCGUCUGGACGAUUCGUAAUUUGAAUUACGUGUUAAUUUUAUGUUUCGAAUUAAUUUAUACUAGAGUAUAACGGAGGAUAUCGUGUAUUAUCUGAUUUUUUCACCAGUCAUUUUGUAUUUCUAUUUAUUUUAUUAAUUUUUCAUCUCUUUUGAAAAGGUGUCGUAAAGUAUCGAGUUUUUACAAUAAAAUUUUUCCGCGGUUUGCGCUUAA